UAUUUCUACAUAAACAAACAUCCAUAACCCAUCAUCACCAUAACAAGGAAAACAUUCUCAUUCGCUUUGUAGUACUCAAAAAGAGCUCCUCGUUCUCUUCUCACAGUCAUGGCAAACAAUGCCCUCGAGGGCGUACUCUCCCCGAUUCUCUUGGCCCUCGUUAUCAUAUCAGCAACAUCGGCCCAAAUCCUUCCCACCACCGCACCUGCAGCACCUGGUUCAGCGGGACGCCUGUUUCACCUGGUUCAGUCGGGACACCUAUUUUGAGUGUAACUGCUACUCCUGACCAUGGAUUGUCCUUCUUCAUGCAUGACAUACUAGGCGGGUCGAACCCCUCAACUAGAGCUGUGACUGGGAUCGUGACCAAUCCGGCUGUCAGCGGUCAAGUCCCAUUUGCCAAGCCUAAUGGUGCUGUCCUCCCAGUUAACAAUGGUGUCCCUAUCAAUAAUGGCAACAGUGGGAUCAUCAACAAUAACAACAUCCCAUUUCUCACUGGCCUUGGUGGAAGCACGUCAAAUGUGAUUCAAAACAAUGGUAACAACGAUAUCAACGGAGGAUCAAGGUUUCCAAUUCUGAAUGGUGGCCAACUGCCUGCAGGGAGUACCAUUCAAAAGCUUAUGUUCGGGACAAUGACAGUUUUCGACGAUGAGCUCACUGAAGGGCAUGAGCUCGGGUCGGGUUUGGUGGGCAAGGCACAAGGGUUCUAUGUAGCAAGUUCAGAGGAUGGAAGCAGCCAGGCCAUGGCCUUCACCGCCAUGUUUGUGAGUGGGAGUUACGUCGAUAGCCUCAGUUUCUUCGGUGUCCAUAGGACUGCUGCCUCGGAGUCCCAACUUGCCAUCAUGGGUGGUACAGGAAAGUAUGUGAAUGCUAAGGGCUUUGCCACAGUGAAGACGUUUCCAGCUACAAACCAGCACAACACUGAUGGGGUUGAGACUCUGCUGCAGAUUUUUGUGCAUCUUACUUAUUAGUACUUACGGGCUAUGUACGUACAGUUCCUAUAGAACCUAUCACUAAAAUACCCCUAGAGGGGGAUAAGGCUAAGCGGAGCGGAAAGGGUUUUCCAUGAGACGGGAAAUGAAAGCUGAAAUCUGUGUGUGAAAAAUGUGAUACCAAAAAGGUUUGUGUUUAUAAAAGUUUGUUUCAAUCUGAUUAUGAGAAUCUUCAGC